CGAUCCGAGCGGGCGACCGCAGUGAGUGAUGGACCAGCGUCUGCUGCGCUCGUAUGGAUUGUGCUAGCAUUUGAAUGGGCAGUGAUUCCCGUGAGUGAUUUGUGUGUUCCUGAGUGAAAAUUCGGACUAGCAGCCUCCCUAGGAGGACCAAAAUUCAUCGCUCACCAAUGGAUUUAUAAGGGCAGCGAGUGAGAGUAGCAAGAAAGCCAGUUCCCUCGUGUAAUGCGCCUUGCCCGUUUAAUAGACUCGGCCACCGCGAUGGCCCCCCUAAUCGUGCUGGCGUUGCUGGCCGCCGCGGCCAGCGGCCACCUCAGCAGCCUUCACACCAAUCACUUAAUGAGCGAGUCGCCGACGCGCGACGAGGCGCUCGUGAUCGUCUCGCACGACGUGCGGCCUGGCUUUGAAGUGGCCAAGUUCGCGCACCACCCACACCACCACAGCAGCUACCGCCUGCUGGACACCGGACACUCUCAGUACUUCGCCGUCAUGGAGGACGGCGUGCUGAUGACCACGACGGACGUCGGACCACUGCGGGGCCGGCCGAUCACGCUGAUCGUGGUCGAGGAGACCGAGCCCGAGGAAAACAACGAGGCCAACGUCGAGCUGCGCUCCAGCGUCCGACACACCGUCCGCGUGCACGUGCUGGACGCCCGCCGCCGCCUGCACUUCCCGCACGAGUACGUCGACUCGGGCUACGUGGAGGAGAACGCGCCCGAAGGCACCGUCGUCAUGGGCCUGCCACCGGACACGCUCCGGCCCAGAUCCCUCCGAAGGCCCAGCAGCAGUCACAUUAGGUUGGCCGUCGUCGAGGGCAACGAGGACGGCGCUUUCAUGCUCGAGCAGACUGAGGAGAAUGUGCCCAGACUGGUCACAGCCAGGCCUCUUGACAAGGAAAAGAAGGACGAGUAUAUGCUGACCGUGAAGGCAGUUGAUGACCUACUCGACCCCUCGGACGACGAGGCGGGUACCAAGAUCCGAGUCAAGAUUACAGACAUCAACGACAAUGCACCCCGCUUCCCCAAGAGGCCGUACCGCUUCAAGGUUCCGAAAAAUGCAACAAGGUUCUCAACAAUCGGCGCCGUGUCCGCGAGAGACGCCGACGGUGACAAAGUGGCCUACCGCCUGGUCUCCGGUCCCCAGGGUCUAGUGGUCGUGGUGCCGCAGACAGGCGAACUGCUGCUGCUACUGCUGCCGCCUUACGGUCAGGACGACUUGGUCAACCUGGGCCCCAAGGAGGGCACCACCACCACUGUGGCGCCGCUCCUCAGCUCCUACGAGCUGCAAAUCGAAGCGCACGAUGUCGGUCGCACGCCAACACAGUUUUCUGAGCCGCCAGCCAGGGUGUUCAUCGAGUUUAACACUGAGGAAGAGGAGGAGGAAGAAGAAGACGAGAUUUACGACGGCGACAUCGUGAUUCAUCGCAUCGAAAAGCGGCGGGUGACGCGCGCCGUGCGUGCCACAAAGAGGGUAGAGUUCCUCGAAUCAGACGGCGAGACCGAGGGCCGCGUCGUCUUCCACCUGGACAAGGAGACGGAGCGCGAGCAGUUCAAGAUCAGGGACGAAAACCCUUGGGUCACGGUCGAGCCGAACGGUGCCGUCAGGGUCAAGACCCGCUGGGACUACGAGGAACUCGGACCUGAGAAGACCAUCGACUUCUGGGUGACCAUCAGCAACACCGCAGGUGGGGACACGGACAAUCAGCGAGUGAUCAUCCACGUGAAGGACGUCAACGACGAGCCACCGUACUUUAUCAACCGGCCGCUACCGAUGCAGGCUGUAGUGCAGCUUAACGCGCCGCCCAACACGCCCGUCUUCACACUGCAAGCCAGAGACCCAGACACCGACCACAACAUCCACUACUUCAUCGUGCGUGACAGAACUGGAGGCAGAUUUGAGGUUGACGAGCGGUCCGGCGUUGUACGCACCAGAGGCAACGAUGCGUUCCAACUGGACAUGGAGUACGUGCUCUACGUCAAGGCUGAGGAUCAAAACGGACGGGUCGACGAGAGACGCUUCCAGUCCACUCCCGAGGAGCGCCUCUCCAUUGUUGGUGGCAAGAGAGCACCCCAAUUCUACAUGCCCAGCUACGAGGCUGAGAUUCCUGAAAACCAGAAGAAGGAUUCUGACAUCAUCUCUGUCAAGGCGAAAUCGUUUGCGGACAGAGAAAUCAGGUACACCUUGAAGGCCCAGGGUCAGGGUGCCGGCACCUUUAACAUCGGUCCCACCUCUGGCAUUGUAAAGCUGGCCAAGGAGCUGGACUUUGAAGAUCUCAGGCAGCCACACGUCUACUCAUUAGUUGUCACUGCUACAGAAGAUUCCGGUGGUUUUUCCACUUCUGUUGAGUUGACCAUCCGAGUGACUGACGUGAACGACAAUGCACCCAAAUUUGAGCUUCCCGACUACCAGGCGCACAACAUGGACGAAGACAUUCCCAUCGGCACCUCACUGCUCAGAGUGAAGGCGACAGACUCUGAUUCUGGCACCAACGCUGAAAUUGAGUACCAAGUCUCCGACGAGCACUUUGCAGUUGAUUCUGGCGGCAUUGUGAGCAACGCCAAGCCACUCGACGCCGACAACAACAACGCCUACUAUGAGUUCACAAUCACAGCAAAGGAUAAGGGUGAGCCUGCUAAGACUGGAACUGCCACCAUCCGCAUUUACACCAAGAACAAGAACGACGAAGAGCCAAAAUUCUCGCAGCAAGUGUACACGCCUAAUGUUGACGAAAACGCUGGUCCAAACACGCUUGUGACGACCGUGGUGGCCUCCGACAAAGACGGAGACAAUGUUCGCUUUGGAUUCGUGAACGGGGGCACCACCUCGGGACAAUUCGUCAUUGAGGAAAUCACUGGUGUGAUUCGACUGCACAACAAGGCCAUCAACCUAGACAAGGACAAGUACGAGCUGAAUGUAACUGCGGUUGACGAUGGUUCCUGCUGUAUUGACGGAGACAAGACUCCACACACCAGCACUGCGGUCGUUGUUGUCUUCAUCACUGACGUCAAUGACAACAAACCUGUUUUCAAAGACUGCAGCACCUAUUAUCCGAAAGUGGAGGAAGGGGCUCCAAAUGGCAGCCCAGUUAUUAAAGUUCAUGCAACUGAUGAAGACAAAGGUGUAAAUGGGCAAGUCAAGUACUCGAUCGUGCAGCAGCCAAACCAAAAAGGCACCAAGUUUACUGUCGAUGAGGAAACUGGCCAGGUCUCAACAAACAAGGUCUUUGACCGAGAGGGAGAUGAUGGCAAGUUUGUAUCAGUGACGGUGAAGGCCACUGAUCAAGGAGAGCCUUCGCUUGAGGGCGUCUGCAGUUUUACUGUGGAAAUCACUGAUGUCAAUGACAAUCCUCCAUUGUUUGACCGACAGAAAUACGUCGAAAAUGUCAAGCAGGAUGCCAGCAUUGGCACCAAUAUUCUGCGUGUAUCUGCGUCUGACGAAGACGCAGAUAACAAUGGCGCCAUUGUCUACAGCCUGAGUGCUCCCUACAACCCUUCUGACCUGGAAUACUUUGAAAUCCAGCCCGAGUCUGGAUGGAUUGUGCUUAAGAAGCCGCUCGACCGCGAUAGGUACCGGCUGCGAGUGCGCGCCUCUGACCGAGGAGAACCACCGUCGAGUGCCGACGUGGAUGUCGAAUUAGACGUAGUCGACAGGAACAAUAAGCCUCCCAUCUGGGAUCUCAAUAUGUAUGGCCCCAUACACAUCCGAGAGAAUGUCACUGUUGGGACGGUUGUAACCACCAUAAAAGCAAGCUCCGGCAUCGAAAACAAUCCGACCGUGUUCUACCGGCUCAUGCCCGGCUCGACAGCCCAGACAAAUAAAUUCCACACGUUCUAUCUGCAGCAACGUUCCGAUAAUGGUUUCACGUGGGCUGAUAUAAAAGUAAAUCACCCAUUAGACUACGAGACCUUUAAGGAGUACAACCUCACCAUCCGAGUCGAGAACAACGGGGCCCAGCAAUUGGCUUCCGAGGCCACCGUCUACAUCAUGCUGGAGGACGUGAACGACGAGAUCCCUCUGUUCACCGAGCGUGAGCAGGAAACUGUUCUCGAGGGCGAGCCCAUUGGCACCAAGGUGACGCAGAUCAACGCCAUUGACAAGGACGGAACGUUCCCUAACAACCAGGUUUACUACUUCGUCGUCGAGUCGCCUCGCAACGAGGGCAAGGACUUUUUCGAGAUCAACAUGCAGACCGGCGAGAUCUUCACCAAGGUCGUGUUUGACAGAGAAAAGCAGGGCGCCUACGCGCUGGAGGUCGAGGCCCGGGACGGCGCCCCUUCGGCCCGGCCGAACAGCAACGGACAGCCCAACUCUGUGACCAAGUUCAUCCGCAUUGGCAUCGCCGACAAGAACGACAACCCGCCCUUCUUCGACAAAGCGCUGUACGAAGCGGAGGUGGACGAGAAUGAGGACAUCCAACACACGGUGCUCACAGUCACGGCCAAGGACCUCGACGAAUCGUCGAGAAUUCGUUACGAGAUCACCAGCGGUAACAUAGGCGGCGCUUUCGCGGUGAAGAACAUGACAGGUGCCAUCUACGUCGCAGGUGCGCUCGACUACGAGACCAGGAAGAGGUAUGAGUUGCGUCUCGUUGCUGGAGAUGGUCGUAACGAGAACGAAACUAUUGUGGUUAUCCAUGUUAACGACAAGAAUGACCUACCCCCCGAAUUCAAUCAACCCUUGUACGAGGCAACCCUCGAGGAGGAGUCGCAAGGCCCCUUUCCCAUUAGUCUGCUCCAGGUGACCGCAACUGAUGGCGACAAGGACAGGCCGCAGCAAAUCGUCUACUUCCUCACAGGCCAGGGCAUCGAUGCGGACAAUCCGGCCAACAGCAAGUUCGAUAUCAACAGGACGACGGGCGAAAUAUUCGUGCUCAAGCCUCUGGACCGCGACCAGCCGGGCGGCCGGCCGCAGUGGCGCUUCACCGUCUUCGCUCAGGACGAGGGCGGCGAGGGUCUCGUCGGCUACGCGGACGUCCAGGUCAACCUCAAGGACAUCAACGACAACGCACCCCUCUUCCCGCUUGGCGUCUACUUCGGCAACGUGACCGAAAAUGGCACCGCUGGUAUGGUGGUAAUGACGAUGACAGCCGUGGACUACGACGACCCGAGCGAGGGCACCAACGCCCGGCUGACCUACUCAAUCGAGAAGAACGUGAUCGAGGAGGAGACCGGCUCGCCGAUCUUCGAGAUCGAGCCGGAUACUGGUGUGAUCAAGACUGCAGUGUGUUGUUUGGACAGAGAAAGGACUCCUGACUACUCAAUACAAGUGGUUGCCAUGGACGGUGGGGGGUUGAAAGGGACGGGAACAGCGUCGAUACGAGUGAAGGACAUCAACGACAUGCCUCCGCAGUUCACUAAGGACGAGUGGUUCACCGAGGUGGACGAAACCGACGGUGCAAAUCUCCCCGAGACUCCCAUCCUCACCGUGACAGUGCACGACGAGGACGAGACCAACAAGUUCCAAUACAAGGUGAUUGAGAACAGCGGAUACGGCGCCGACAAGUUCACGAUGGUGCGUAACAACGACGGCACCGGCUCUUUGAAGAUCGUGCAGCCGCUCGACUACGAGGAGCAGCUUCAAACCAACGGCUUUAGAUUCCGCAUCCAAGUUAAUGACAAGGGUGAAGACAAUGACAAUGACAAAUACCACGUGGCCUAUUCGUGGGUGGUCAUCCGACUUCGGGACAUCAACGAUAACAAGCCGCAAUUUGAGCGUCCCAACGUCGAAGUGUCCGUGUACGAAAACGCCGAGGUCGGCAAGACCCUGGAGACGUUUAAGGCCAACGACCCCGACCAAGGGGGCAAAAGCCGAGUGUCAUAUGCGAUCGACCGCUCCUCAGACCGACGGAGGCAGUUCACCAUCAACAACGACGGCACCGUCAGCAUCCAGCGGUCUCUCGACAGGGAGGACACGCCCAGGCAUCAGGUGAAAAUUCUGGCCAUCGACGACGGCGUGCCCGCGAAAACGGCCACGGCGACGCUAACCGUGAUCGUGCAGGACAUCAAUGACAACGCGCCCACCUUCCUGAAGGACUACCGUCCUGUGCUUCUGGAGCACUCACAGCCUCGCAAGGUUAUUGAGAUCUUGGCCACAGACGACGAUGACCGGUCCAAGAGCAACGGCCCACCGUUCACCUUCCGAAUGGAUCCCAAUGCCGACGACUCUAUCCGAGCCUCUUUCAGAAUCGAGCACGACCAAAAGGGUGCGAACGGCGACGGCAUGGCUGUGAUUCACUCGUUGCGCUCGUUCGACCGCGAGCAACAAAAGGAGUAUUUGAUCCCCAUUGUGAUCAAAGACUCCGGCAACCCGGCUAUGACCGGCACAAGCACCCUUACUGUAGUAAUAGGCGAUGUCAACGACAAUAAAAUGCAGCCUGGAUCCAAAGAGAUAUUUGCCUAUAAUUACAUGGGACAAGCGCCUGACACCGAGAUUGGCAGAGUGUACGUCUACGACUUAGACGACUGGGAUUUGGCUGACAAGAAGUUCUAUUGGGACGGACCAGAACACCGCAAUUUCAAGUUGAACGAAGACAAUGGCAUGAUCACCAUGCGGCACGGCACCAGAGAUGGAAAAUACCAAUUGCGUUUCAAAGUGUACGACCGCAAACACACGCAAACUGACGUGCAGGCCAAUGUAACUGUUAGCGUCAGGGAAAUACCUCACGAGGCUGUGAUAAACUCCGGGUCCAUUCGGAUAGCUGGUCUUAGCGACGAAGAUUUCAUCCGAGUGUGGAAUUAUCAUUCGCAGAGUAUAGUGCGUAGCAAGGCUGAUAAACUAAGGGACAAGCUGGCCGAGUUGCUGGCAACAGAGCGUGAUAAUGUUGAUGUGUUCAGCGUCCAACUCCGCAGAAAAAGCCCACUGCAGACAGACGUCCGGUUUUCGGCACACGGUUCGCCGUAUUACAAGCCUGUCAGACUGAAUGGUGUCGUGCUCAGACACAGAGAGGAGAUUGAGAAGGACGUUGGAGUCAACAUCACCAUGGUUGGGAUCGACGAGUGCCUGUAUGAGAACCAGGUGUGCGAAGGUAGCUGCACAAACGCCCUGGAAAUCAGCAACCUGCCCUACAUGGUGAACGCCAACAAGACCUCGCUGGUCGGCGUGCGCGUCGACGUUUUGGCCGAGUGCACGUGCGGAGCGCGCAACUUUACUCGCAGCGAGACUUGCCGAAACAACCCGUGUCACAACGGUGGACGCUGCCAGGAGACCAGAUACGGAUUUACCUGCAAUUGCCCCAGCGGCUACUCCGGACCCAGGUGCCAGCAGACUACCAGGAGCUUCAGAGGAAAUGGCUGGGCGUGGUACCCACCCCUGGAAAUGUGUGAUAAUUCGCACUUGAGUCUUGAGUUCAUCACCCGCAAGGGAGACGGACUGCUGAUCUACAACGGUCCCAUUGUGCAGCCUGAACCUGAAGAGAUCAUUGUGUCAGACUUCAUUUCGCUGGAACUGGAGCGUGGCCAACCAAGAUUGCUGAUCGACUUCGGCUCUGGAACUUUAGAGCUUAAGGUAAAAACCAAGAAGGGGCUGGAUGAUGGCGAAUGGCACAGGCUGGACGUAUUUUGGGACACAGAAAACGUCCGUUUGGUGGUCGACUACUGCAAGAGUGCCGAGGUUAUUGAGCUGGAGGACGGUUCUCCUCCUGAGUUUGACGACUCUUCCUGCCAAGCCCGAGGCAUCGUUCCUCCUUUCAAUGAGUACCUGAAUGUAAACUCACCAUUGCAAGUCGGCGGCAUGUUCACUGAGGCCAUUGGACAGUCCCUGUACAACUGGCAACACAUGCCGGUCGGCAAAGGAUUCGAUGGAUGCAUCAGAAAUAUCGUUCACAACAGCAAGCUCUAUGACCUCGCUCACCCAGGAAUGACGCGGCACAGUGAAGCCAACUGUCCACAAGUUGAUGACGCAUGCACUGGCGGCUAUGGAACCAGCACCCGCCACGACGGCACCCCGGCCAUCAGGUGCUGGGAGCCGCACGGCAUCUGCGCUGGCUCCUUCUCGGAGCCGAGGUGCGAAUGCCGCGCCGGCUGGACAGGCCCAGGCUGCACCCAGCCCACAUCUCCUACCACCUUCCGGCCGCAGAGCUACGUCAAGUACGCGCUGUCUUUCGAGCCGGACCGGUACUCGACGCAGAUCCAGCUCAGGUUCCGUACCAGGGAGGACUACGGCGAGUUGUUCAGGGUCAGCGACCAGCACAACAGGGAGUUCGGCAUCCUCGAGAUCAAGGACAGCCGCCUCCGCUUCAGGUACAAUCUGAACAGCCUGAGGACCGAGGAGAAGGACCUCUGGCUGAACGCCAUCAUGGUCAAUGACGGACAGUGGCACACGGCCAAGGUCACGCGAUAUGGAUCGGCCGCCAUGCUGGAGCUCGACGGCGGAGAGGGCAGGAGGUACAACGAGACCUUCACCUUUGACGGCCACCAGCACCUGUUGGUGGACAAGCAGGAGGGCGUUUACGCAGGAGGAAAGGCUGAGUACACCGGAGUGCGCACCUUUGAGGUUUACGCAGACUUCCAAAAAGGCUGCAUUGACGACAUCAGGCUGGAAGGCAAACACCUUCCUCUGCCUCCAGCAAUGAACGGCACUCAGUGGGGACAGGCCACGAUGGCCAGGAAUCUAGACAGAAACUGCCCUUCGAACAAGCCGUGCGCCAAUGUUUACUGCCCAGAACCUUUCGAGUGUGUCGACCUUUGGAAUGAAUAUGAGUGCACUUGCGGGGAGGGUAGGAUCAUCUCUCCAGACAACAAGGGCUGCGUGGACAAAAACGAGUGUCUGGACGCACCCUGCCUGAACGGCGGCGUCUGCAUCAACCAAGAUCCGCGCCACCGCUACCGAUGCAUUUGUCCAGAGAACUUUUGGGGCGAGAAUUGCGAGCUCGUACAGGAGGGCCAGACCCUGAAACUGAGCAUGGGCGCGCUGGCCGCCAUCCUGGUGUGCCUGCUGAUCAUCCUCAUCUUGGUGCUCAUCUUCGUCGUCUACAAUCGUCGCCGCGAGGCGCACAUUAAAUAUCCCGGACCUGAUGAUGACGUCAGGGAAAACAUCAUCAACUACGAUGACGAGGGUGGUGGCGAAGACGACAUGACCGCCUUUGACAUCACUCCCCUGCAGAUCCCAGUCGGUGCCCCUGACCUCGCAGUCCCACCGAAACUGCCAUUCCCACCAAUGGUUAUGGGCCAGGAGCCAAACGUUGGUCUGUUCAUUGACGAAUACAAGAAGAGGGCUGACAGCGACCCUAACGCACCGCCCUUCGAUGACCUCAGGAAUUAUGCUUACGAGGGCGGCGGCAGCACUGCUGGCUCCCUUUCCUCAGUCGGCUCAGGUGACGAUCGCGAGCAAGACUUUGAAUACCUGAACAGCUGGGGCCCUCGCUUCUCGAAGCUCGCUGACAUGUACGGCACCGACCUCGAUGUCGACGAAGACAUUCUCCACCAACUGCACUAAGUCACGACUGAAAGCCCCUGAAAUAGCGACUACACCAAGAGUUAACAACUAUGUUAGUAUCAGAGUGCGAAAAUAUUUUCAUUCACGGCAUGUUAGAAAAA